AUGGCGGUGGCACGGAAAAUCAAAACUUUGUUGACGGUGAACAUCUUGGUCUUCGUGGGCAUCAUCCUCUUCUCCGUGUACUGCAGGAUCCAGGACCGCUCCCAGGAGCUGGUGCAGAUCGUCCGGAGCGCGGAGCGCCGGGCCAGGAGCCGCGGUGCCAAGGUGGGCAGCCUGGCCGACAGGGAGUCCAUCCUGCAGCGCCUGGACCACCUGGAGGAAGUGGUCUACAACCAGCUCAAUGGUCUGGCAAAGCCCAUGGGAUUAGUUGAAGGUCCAGGAGGCUUGGGCCAGGGGGGAAUGGCUGCUACCCUGAGAGAUGAUAGCCAUGAAUCAGAGACUAAGUAUGAAGAGUAUGGUUACAAUGCCCAACUCAGUGACAGGAUAUCACUGGACAGGUCCAUCCCUGACUACAGACCUAAAAAGUGCAAGCAGAUGAGCUACCCAGAGGACCUGCCCCAGAUCUCGGUGGUGUUUAUCUUUGUGAACGAGGCUCUCUCUGUCAUCCUGCGCUCUGUGCACAGCGUGGUGAACCACACCCCAUCCCACCUGCUCAAGGAGAUCAUCCUGGUGGAUGACAACAGUGACAACGUGGAGCUGAAGUUUAACCUGGACCAGUAUGUCCAUAAGAGGUACCCAGGCCUGGUGAAGAUCGUGCGCAACAACAAACGCGAGGGGCUGAUCCGAGCCAGGAUCCAGGGCUGGAAAGCAGCAACAUCCCCUGUGGUGGGGUUCUUUGAUGCCCACGUGGAGUUCAACAUUGGCUGGGCGGAACCGGCGCUCACGCGGAUCAAGGAGGAUCGCAAGCGGAUCAUCCUGCCCGCCAUCGACAACAUCAAGUACAACACCUUCGAAGUGCAGCAGUACGCCAACGCGGCCCACGGCUACAACUGGGGGCUCUGGUGCAUGUACAUAAUCCCACCACAGGACUGGCUUGAUAAAGGGGAUGAGUCAGCUCCCAUCAGGACACCAGCCAUGAUUGGAUGCUCUUUUGUGGUGGACCGAGAGUAUUUUGGUGAGAUUGGCCUGCUGGACCCUGGCAUGGAGGUCUAUGGAGGAGAAAACAUCGAGUUAGGCAUGAGAGUGUGGCAGUGCGGGGGCAGCAUGGAGGUGCUGCCCUGCUCCCGCGUGGCGCACAUCGAGCGCACCAAGAAGCCCUACAACAACGACAUCGACUACUAUGCAAAGCGCAACGCCCUGCGCGCCGCCGAGGUCUGGAUGGAUGACUUCAAGUCACACGUCUACAUGGCCUGGAACAUCCCCAUGGCAAACCCCGGAGUUGACUUUGGAGACGUUUCUGAAAGAAUUGCUCUGCGACAGCGCCUGCAGUGCCGGAGCUUUAAGUGGUACUUGGAGAACGUGUACCCUGAGAUGAGGGUUUACAAUAACACAGUCACUUACGGAGAGGUGCGGAACAGCAAAGCCAGCGGCUACUGCCUGGACCAGGGGGCUGAAGAGGAUGACAAAGCCAUCCUUUAUCCCUGCCAUGGAAUGUCCUCCCAGCUUGUCCGCUACAGCUCGGAAGGUGUCCUGCAGCUGGGGCCGCUGGGCUCCACCGCCUUCCUGCCCGACUCCAAAUGCCUGGUGGACGAUGGCAAGGGCAGGACGCCCACCCUCAAGAAGUGUGAAGAUGUCCUGAGGCCAGCACAGAGGUUCUGGGAUUUCACACAGAAUGGUCCAAUCAUCAGCAGAGACACUGGCCGUUGUCUAGAAGUGGAAAUGUCAAAGGAUGCAAAUUUUGGGCUCAGAUUAGUUGUACAAAGGUGCUCGGGGCAGAAAUGGAUGAUUAGAAACUGGAUCAAACACGGUCGGCACUGA